AUGGCUACUGUGAUCCCUCCCCCUUCAAAAAAGCAGAAAAGAGCUGCUCAGCAGCCCAAGGAGAUUGAAGGCAUUCCAGAGGACCUUCCUAAUGUCGUGAUCAAUUUCCAGGCUUCUGAUACUGGUGAUUUGGUCGGUGGUAAUAUUAGAGUUCCUGGUAAUGCCACCGAAAAGCAGCUGGAAUUGCUUCUUAACGAAUUACUGGGCUCAGAUGAACCAGUUCCAUUUUCCUUCUCAUUGCUCAAAAAAGCUACUGAUUCUAGUAAUGACACAUUAGUUGACAUUACCGAUAAUAUCUAUUCAUCAGUAUUGAAACCUGGUCAUAAAUCUACAGAAGAUCAUUUAACUUUGGUAUAUACGCCAAGGGCAGUGUUCAAAGUCAAGCCUAUUACCAGAUCAUCUGCUUCUAUUUCUGGCCACGGAUCCACCAUUCUAGCUGUCCAAUUUGCUCCUCACACAUCGUCAAGAAUGGUGUCUGGAAGUGGUGACUCUACAGCUAGAAUUUGGGACUGUGAUACCCAGACUCCACUUAAAACGCUUACUGGCCACUCCAACUGGGUGCUGGCUGUUAGUUGGUCUCCUGAUGGUAAAUUAAUAGCCACUGGUUCUAUGGACAAUACCAUUAGAAUCUGGGACGCCAAGACUGGUACUCAGGUAGGAGCUCCUCUUGUGGGUCAUUCUAAAUGGAUCACCUCUCUCAGUUGGGAACCGUUUCAUCUUCUCGAAGACGGUCACAACACUCCCAGACUUGUAUCAUCAUCUAAAGACACAACUGUGCGAGUAUGGGAUCUUGAAAGACAUAUCUGUCAAUAUUCCAUGAGUGGACACAGAUCGUCAGUGAGUUGUGUCAAGUGGGGAGGUCUUGGACUUAUCUAUUCUACAUCUCACGACAAGACCAUCAAAGUAUGGAAUAGUAAAGAUGGCAGACUUGUCAACACCUUAUCUUCGCAUGCUCACUGGGUCAACCAUCUGGCUCUAUCCACCGAAUUUGCCCUUAGAACUGGACCUUUUGAUGAGAAGGGAUACUGGGAAGGUACUACUGCUGAGUACAAAGCCAAGUCUCUUGAACGAUUUGAAAAGCUCGCCAAGAUAGGAGGUGUUGUUUCCGAACGUAUCGUAACUGCUAGUGACGACUUCACCAUGUACCUCUGGGAACCAUCCCGCAGUACAAAGCCACUCUUAAGAAUGACCGGUCACCAGAAGCUAGUGAACCACGUUGCAUUCUCGCCAGACGGCAGAUAUAUCGCAUCAGCCUCUUUCGACAAUUCCAUUAAACUGUGGGAUGGUCGUGAUGGUAAAUUUAUCUCCACAUUCCGUGGCCAUGUCGCUGCUGUAUACCAGUGUGCCUGGUCAAGCGACUGCCGUCUCCUCGUCAGUUCAUCUAAGGACACGACACUAAAAGUGUGGGAUGUCCGAACCAAAAAGCUCCAAUCCGAUCUCCCUGGUCACGCUGACGAAGUCUACGCUGUCGACUGGAGUGUCGACGGCCGUCGCGUCGGCUCUGGAGGCAAAGACAAGACCGUCCAUGGAGCUGAAAAGGAGAAUGGAGCCGCAGCACCUCCAAAGGAGAAUGGAGCAGGACUUGUACCUGUGCUACUUGUAGUGGAAGGAGCGCUAAAAGAAAAUGGAGUUGGUGCUGGUUUGACACUGGAGUCCCCUGUAGCAGCAGGGGUGCCGAAUGAAAAUGGAGCUGGCUUGGCACUGGAAUCGCUGGUGGUAGCAGUAGAUCCAAAUGAGAAUGGAGUUGUAGCACCAGAGUCUGUCUUAGUACCAUUACUGUUAGCAUUGCUGCUGGAAGCUGAGAAAGAAAAUGGGUUAGAAACAGGAGCUGGGGAAUCUUUAGCAGUUGCAUCUGUGGAUGAUGGAGCAUUAAAAGUGAAUGGCUUGACAGGGGCACCUGAUCCAAAAAGUGGUUUUGUGGUGCUAUCGUUAGAGGUCGUGUUUGCAGAAAACAACGAAGGUUUAGAAGCCGAGGUAUCAUUUCCAGCUGCAUCGGCGAUGGUAGCAGAUGACGUGGUAGCAGAGGCACCAGUAGCAGUGGAGUCCGUCUCAGAACCAAAUUUAAUGCCCUUGGCAGGACUCCAUGAAUGGUCUUUCACAGAGUUGUUAACGGCAGGCGCUGAGAAUGAGAAAGGAGUAACCGGUUUGGCAGCAGAUGCGUCAUUUGUCUCUUCAGCAGGUUUGGUGCUGCCAAAACUAAAUGGAUUAGGCUUGGAAGUGGAUGCUUGA